AUCAGUGCGAAUCGGAGAUUGAAGCGAGCGCACCAGUGCAGCGUGACAUUCUUGCUUGUGCACAUCGGACGUGUGGAGAGACGCAAGUCAUGCAGGUGGCCUAUUUGCUAUCGUUCAGGCGCAAAAGUAUCAGUGGCUCAUCGGGCUCGAAACGGAAGGAAUAGCGAGUUUUAGCGCGAGCUGUGGAUUUCCAAGUUCAAGGUGGAAAAUGCAAACAGCGUUUCUGAUUCUGCUGCACCUUUGCGCUGCUGGGGUUUCCACGUCACCAUUCACCCACUUUUCCUCUGAAGAUGAAGAGUUCCAAAGCCUGCUUAUUCGCGACAAACGGCAAGAUACGGCAGAGAUUUGCGAUUUUGGUUCAGACACAGACUUGGUGACAUGUGACUGGAGUAACCGCAACGGUUCCUCAUUACGAUGGGAGGCAGGGGCAGGGUCCCUGUCGAACUGGCUCGGCGGACCUCCAAAAGACGGCAGUUCCAAUGACGACGCACAAAGAGGUGGUUAUAUUUACUUUGAGACGUCGUACGUGCCAACACCUCGCACCACCAAAGUGGGCCAGCGGGCGUACAUUGAGAGCUCCGUGAUGGGAAGCACAGGCCCUGAGGGAAAGUGCGUGGGAUUUGGAUUCUCGAUGGGCGGAUUGAGCGCUGCAGGGUUGAGAGUGAUCCUGAAGCCAAAAAACAGUAACGAAGGAGACGACGACGACAUGGAGAGAGUUAUUUGGAGCAACAAAGAUCCGACGGGUGGCCAGUGGAAGCAGGCCGACGUUCUCUAUACAUACAACAAAGAACACCAGGUCAUAUUUGAAGGAAUUUCAAAAGACUUGAACGACCCACUGCGAAAGUACCGCGGCCACGUCGCCGUCGACAAUGUGGCGUUAAAGCCUGGAUCCGAAUGUCGCGGCCACUGCACCUUUGAAGGAGGAAUCUGUGCAUGGACCAACGACGAAGACGAUGACUUUGAUUGGUCCCUUGGUCGAGGGAGCAGGAAUCCGUCAACAGGGCCUGCGAUGGACUGUACAAGUUUUUUCCAUGGCGGUAUGGAAGGUGGUUACGCGUUCAUAGAUUCAUCGCACCCUCGACGACCAGGGGACAUAGCAAGAUUGUCCAGUCCUGAAAUGGAUGCCACAGGCGUGGACACUCCUCUGUGUCUUCGGUUCUUUACUCACAUGUACGGAAAUGGUAUCGGAACGUUGAGCAUUCACUUGAUGGACGUCCGCGAGGGCAAUGAGCGAGACAUUUGGACACUUUCUGGCGAGCAGGGCAACGCAUGGUACCAGGCUGAUGUACCCGUUUCGUCACCAAAUCCUUUCAAGAUUGUUGUGGUCGGAAAAGUGGGGAAGAAUAUUUUGGGUGACAUUGCGAUUGACGACCUUUCCUUCCAUCCCGGCAGUUGCCCCACUGCACCCCAAAUCGCCGCCCCUAUGCCGGGCGACUGCACUUUCGAGGUUGACGAGUGCGGCUGGGCGAAUGUGCCGUCGCGCGAAAGGAUGGACGAAUUAGACUGGGAGCGUGUGUCCGCUUUGACGGGCACUGAAGGUCGACCGCUGAUGCAAAAUGUGGAUCACACCUUGUCAUCUGACAAAGGCUUCUUUAUGACGCUGGCGAGAAGCACCAACGUCCAGCGACCAGCCAGCAGAGCGUGGUUUACGUCUAGGGAAUUUCCUGGAAGUGCCAAUGCUCACUGCAUUUCAUUUUGGUACGUUCUGAAUGAGCCAUUUAUUGGCAAUGCUGGCCCCAGUCUAGGCGCACUUUCCGUCUACACCAAAGUUAUUGAGCCCGACGGUAAUGUGAUCAAGAAACCCGUCUGGAAACUUUACAACCACCAAGGUCCCGAGUGGCACUACGGACAAGCCUUAAUUCAAGAAGAAAAAUCUUUUACUAUUUUCUUCGAGGGAAUGUGGGGUUCGAGUCUGGCCAACGGAAUAAUUGGAUUUGACGAUAUAACCCUCUUUGACGGCGCCUGCUCAACUACCCCACCUAGUGCAACGACGCAUCACGGUGAUUGCCGGUUCGAGCGAGACAUUUGCGACUGGGUCAACUCGACGACAAGCAACACGUUCUGGAAACUGGCCACUGUCGCCAGAAGGCCGGCCAAUUUGCCUGACAAAACGUUUGGAGCCCCAGAGGGCUACAUUUACUUUGACUUGUUCAACUCGGGGAGCAGCGUGGUGCGGCUGACGUCUCGCUUCAUUGCUGCCACCGACGACAGGCAGUUGUGCUUCACUUUUUGGUACACAGCGUUCGGCUCUGGUGAAACGGCCGAGCUACAUGUUGUUCGCGUCGACAACACUACCAGUGAAGAGGAAACUAGAAAGUUGUGGUCAUUGGAGGCGCGCAACAUGGACACUUCAAGACCGACUUGGCGACCGGCGCAGGUGGCCGUCGACUCGGGCACCGAUUUCCGACUCGUUUUGGAGGGUAGGGCUACCAAUGGUGGUUUUGCAAUUGACGACAUCUCCUUCUCCACUGGUGCUUGCUCAACUCGGCCAGAGAAGGCGACGCCUAAAGAGCCUGAGGAGGAAGACGGUUGAGGAUAAAUUAAUUCUUAACAACACUCUUGUAAAGAAAGAAAACUUCGAUGAAAAAAGAUAUAAUGAUUUAUUGUAUACAAAUGCAGGAAUUUUUGUCAUGGAAGAGAAAAUGUUAUAUAAUAUGCAAUAAAUAAA